CGCGAUCCUCAUUGCGUGUGUCAUCAGUUCAAUCUCAGAUGUGGGUCAGCCAUGCUGCUCAAGAUAAGAUUCAUAUGUCUUCCCAUCAUGUGCUUGCCUUUGACGUGCUUCUCCAUGCAAGGUGCUCGGCGUGUCAAAGUUUAAUGCCCCAACUUCGCAAUCCCUACCCCGCAUUGGCUUUGACAUCACUUAACCCCGCAGUUGUCACUCUAGCCUCUCAGGAGAAUAAUUUUUUCUGGUGGUCUCUUAUUGCAUGUGCAUGAUGGGGGACAUGCAGUGGCAGUAUUUAAAGAGUCGUGAACAGAGUGUCUUCAGCUUAACGAUCCCACCCUUCCACUAGAAAUCUCAUUAAACAUGUGUCACCGUCAGGUUCAGUGCGCCAGACACGGUUGUGGCCACGAAGAGCCCAUCGGGGACGCGAAGGUGGAUUGUCAAUCCUCUCAAUGUCGAUACAGCGCUGCACAUCCACGAGGCUGUCCAAUUUGCUCUAGCACAUGUACUCAAUGCAUGGGUAGAGCCCAAACUAUUGUCGUCCGAAAUGGAAAUCCGAUGUGUUCCCAUUGUGCUAGACAGAACGCAUAAAAGAUCGGACCUGCUGUGCUGUCACAGCUACCAAAUGGGCCUUGACCCCGCCAUGCAUGCCGAUCACAGCUUGCUGUCCAAUCACUUUGUACUCGCAGUCCGAUCUUGGAUUGAUAUUCGCAACUACCAUUAUUGUUGAUUGAGUUAUAAGCAUUAGGCCCAUCCACUUAGGUCAAGGGCAUUUCUCGUACUUGUACUUACUUAUACUUAGUCUUCCAGUUACUGAGGACCAGCCAGCCGUGUGGUCAUCAAUACUCAAAUUGAGAUGUCUUCUUUCACUUCCC